GGCUUCAGCUCGCGUCUGCAGGGCAAGAUUGAAAGAAAAGUCGCCUCAGACGCCAAAUUUCUCCCAAGAUCCACCAACAUGGGCUUGCCAGCUAAUGCAACAACAGGCGUCAAGUACAAUUUUGAGGAAGAUGGAAGCCCACAGAUCAAGAGUCUGCCGCCUCAAAUUCUCGCGACGUUCAAGCGCGCCAUCCCUUCUUUCUCUGUGACUCAUAUUCCUACUGCUCUUCCUUGGUACAAGGAGGUGCUUGGCUUUGCAGUCGUCGGCGCUGCCGAUGCGGGAAGAGCUGAGCUACACCGGGCCGAGCCAGGAGCUCGUAAAGGCGAGGGCGGCGUUUCGCUCUAUUUGAGGAAAGCAGCCGCUGACGAGCCUGUACCUAAGGGCAGUCUCUGGAUAGAGGUAGAUAGCGUAGACAACUUGUAUGCUGAGCUCUCAUACAAGAUGGAAAAGUAUGCUCAAGACCUUUCGAACUACUUUCCACCACACCACUUUGGCUCUUCCAAGAUCCUUGCUAAGCCCAGAAACACUUCCUGGGGUCAGCGAGAAAUGACAUGUGUCGAUGCGGGCGGCAACAGCAUUGUAUUCUUUCAAGUGCUGUAGUAGCGACGCUGUCGUUCCAUCUGCGUCUCUGCAAGUAUUCGAAAAUCAGGAGGCAGCAUCUGCUAUGACUCUGUGUUGAGGCCUCAAUUGUAAUAUUACCAUUUUAGUGUCACUAAGCCUGAGGAGCGUCUGCCGCGCCUCUGAUCGUCAAAGCACUCUACGACG